GAGGCCGCGCGCGGAGCCUGCGGCCCUGCGGGCAUAAUCUGAAUGACAGAGCUACGCUUAGAGAUUAUCAGUAACUGAGACAAUGGACUGUUUGACCCAGAUGAUGCAAAAGAGAGGUUGGUGUCUACAGGACUCUGCAGACAAGGAAGAAGAGGAUAUGAACAGGUCUAUUAAAACAGUGGCAUUUCAGCAUGUGGCUGUGGACCUCUCUCAGGAAGAAUGGCAGCAAAUGAAACCUGCUCAGAGGAACUUGUACCGAGAUGUGAUGUUGGAGACAUAUAGGAACCUAGUCGCAGUGGGUUGUCAAGUCACCAAACCAGAUGUGAUCUUCAAGCUGGAACAAGAAGAGGAGCCAUGGGUGAUGGAGGAAGAAAUGUUUUGGAGACUUUCUCCAGAAUCCAGAAGAGAAGGCAAGAAGUACUGUGUAUUUGAAGUCAUAGUGGACGGCUUGAAGUUCAAUGAUGUGGUCAUUUACUUCUCUCAACUGGAAUGGGAAUGCUUAAGCUCUGCUCAGAAGGAUUUGUACCAAGAUGUAAUGUUGGAGAACUACAACAACCUUGUCUCAUUGGGACUUUGUGAUACUAAGCCAUAUGUUAUCUCCUUAUUGGAGCAGGGGAAAGAGUCCUGGAUGGUUAUGAGGAAGACAACAGUGUGGCAUCCAGACUGUGAGUCUAGAUGGAAAACCAAGAAUAUAUUGCCAAAGGACAGUUCUCUCCAUUUGCAAUGGUUUAAUUUUAUAAAAGAAAAACGUAGACACUCCAACCUUAAUGGCAGCAGCGUCUCAGGCCAGUUGGAGAGUAGAGCAGAGCCUCGGGAGGGAAGCCUACGACAGCCGGGGAAAGCCUCGACAGAAAGGCCCACUUCCAUUCAACAUUCAGCCCAGAAAGGCCCUCCGCCAGCUCACACUGGAGAGAAAUCCUGUGAAUGCACCAAGUGUCAGAAAGCUGUCAGGAGCCAGUCAUGUCCCGUUCCGCACAGAAGAACUCCUGGUAAGGAAAAAGACUGUGAAUGCGGAGAGUGUGGGAAAAUCUUUGAUAGUGAGUCCAGCUUGAUGAAGCACCAGAAAGUUCAUAAAAGCAAAAAAAGCACUGAAAAUGAGAAAGGGGCCUCAAGCGCCCCCAUGGGUGAGAAAGUUCAUAAGUGUAAGGAGUGUGGGAAAGCCUUUCAUUCUACCUCACAACGUAGGCAGCACCAAAAGAUGCACGCAGGUGAGAAGCCCUACAAAUGUCAGGAAUGUGGGAAGGCGUUUCCAUCUAAUGCCCAACUUAACCUUCACCACAGAGUCCACACGGAUGAGAAGUGCUUUGAGUGUAAGGAGUGCGGGAAGGCCUUUACCCGCUCCUCACACCUUCUCCGACACCAGAGAAUCCAUACAGGCGAGAAGCCCCAUAAGUGUAAGGAGUGCGGGAAAGCCUUUCGCUAUGACACGCAGCUUAGUCUCCAUCAGAUCACUCACACUGGGGAGAGGCGCUAUGAGUGCAAGGAAUGUGGCAACGUGUACAGCUGCGCCUCACAACUGAGUCUGCAUCAGAGGAUUCACACGGGGGAGAAACCCCACAAGUGUAAGGAGUGUGGGAAAGGGUUCAUCUCUGACUCCCACCUCCUGCGGCACCAGAGUGUCCACACUGGGGAGAAACCCUACAAGUGUAAGCAGUGUGGGAGCGCCUUCCGGCGCGGCUCAGAGCUCACUCGCCACCAGAGAGCUCAUGCUGGGGAGAAGCCCUAUAAAUGUAAGGAAUGCGGAAAGGCCUUCACAUGUAGCACAGAACUAGUGAGACAUCAAAAAGUUCACACUGGUGACCGACCCCACAAGUGUAAGGAAUGUGGGAAGGCUUUCAUUCGAAGAUCGGAGCUUACCCAUCACGAAAGAAGCCACACUGGUGAGAGACCCUAUGAGUGUAGGGAGUGUGGAAAGGCCUUCGGGCGAGGCUCAGAACUUAAUCGACACCAGAAAAUUCACACUGGUGAAAAGCCCUAUGAGUGUGAGCAGUGUGGGAAGGCCUUUAUCCGUGGCUCUCACCUCAGUCAGCAUCAAAGAAUUCAUGCAGGACAGAGGAAUAAACCUUUUCAAUGUCCUUACUGUGGGAACAGCUUUAGAAGGAAGUCAUACCUCAUUGAACAUCAGCGUAUUCACACAGGCGAAAAACCCUAUGUUUGCAAUCAGUGUGAAAAGGCUUUCCGACAGAAGACAGCCCUCACUCUUCAUGAGAAGACCCACAUAGAGGGGAAACCCUAUGUUUGCAUUGAUUGUGGGAAGUCGUUCCGUCAGAAGGCAACCCUCACGAGACAUCACAAAACACAUACAGGGGAAAAAGCCUAUGAAUGUAGUCAGUGUGGAAGUGCCUUUAGGAAGAAGUCCUAUCUUGUCGAUCACCAGCGAACUCACACUGGGGAGAAACCCUAUCAGUGUAAUGAGUGUGGCAAGGCAUUUAUCCAAAAAACAACCCUCACUGUACAUCAGAGAACGCACACUGGGGAGAAACCCUAUAUUUGUAAUGACUGUGGGAAGUCCUUCUGCCAAAAAACAACCCUCACUCUCCAUCAGAGGAUUCACACAGGGGAGAAACCCUACAUUUGUAAUGAGUGUGGGAAGUCCUUCCGCCAGAAGGCAAUCCUUACAGUUCACCACAGAAUACACACAGGAGAAAAGUCCAAUGGAUGUACUCAAUGUGGGAAAGCCUUCAGUAGGAAAUCAAACCUUAUUCGACAUCAGAAAACUCACACAGGAGAGAAACCAUAUGAAUGUAAAGAAUGUGGGAAGUUCUUCAGUUUCUGUUCAGUAUUGAUUCUCCAUCAGGGAAUUCACACAGAAGAAAAGCCCUAUCGGUGUCAUCAGUGUGGAAAUGCAUUCAGAAGGAAAGCCUACCUCAUUGACCACCAGAGAACUCACACAGGAGAGAAACCCUUUGUCUGUAAUGAUUGUGGUAAAUCCUUCCGCCUAAAGACAGCCCUCACAGAUCAUCAAAGAACACACACAGGGGAGAAGUCAUAUGAAUGUCCACAGUGUAGAAAUGCUUUCAGAUUGAAAUCACACCUCAUUCGUCACCAGAGAACACACACAGGAGAGAAACCAUAUGAGUGCCAUGACUGUGGGAAAUCCUUCCGCCAAAAGACAACCCUGUCUUUACAUCAGAGGAUUCACACCGGGGAGAAACCUUAUAUCUGUAAAGAAUGUGGGAAGUCCUUUCACCAAAAGGCAAACCUUACUGUACACCAGAGGAUCCAUACAGGGGAAAAGCCCUACAUUUGUAAUGAAUGUGGGAAAGCAUUCUCUCAGAAGACAACCCUUGCUCUUCAUGAGAAGACCCACAAUGAGGAGAAACCCUAUAUUUGUAGUGAAUGUGGAAAGUCCUUCCGCCAGAAGACAACCCUGGUGGCACAUCAGAGAACACAUACAGGGGAGAAGUCUUACGAAUGUCCUCACUGUGGGAAAGCCUUUAGAAUGAAAUCUUACCUCAUUGAUCACCACCGAACUCACACAGGAGAAAAGCCAUAUGAAUGUAAUGAGUGUGGGAAGUCAUUCAGUCAGAAGACAAAUCUCAAUCUGCACCAGAGAAUUCAUACAGGAGAGAAACCCUAUGUCUGUAAUGAAUGUGGGAAGUCCUUUCGCCAGAAGGCAACCCUCACUGUACAUCAGAAAAUACAUACAGGCCAGAAGGCCUAUGAAUGUCCUCAUUGUGAAAAAGCCUUCAGUAGGAAGUCCUACCUCAUUCAUCAUCAAAGAACUCACAUAGGAGAGAAACCAUAUAAAUGUAAUGAAUGUGGAAAGUGCUUCCGGCAGAAGACAAACCUCAUUGUCCAUCAAAGAACUCACACAGGUGAGAAGCCCUAUGUGUGCAGUGAGUGUGCCAGGUCCUUCAGCUAUAAGAGAAACCUCACUGUCCAUCAGAAAGCUCAUAACGGGGAAGAUGUGGAAAUCAAUGAAUGAUCUUUUGUGUGAAGUCUAAGAUGACUGUAAACCUUUAGUUUUCAAUAGAUGAUUAAACAUGUUAAUGUAAUUUAA